UGCACUAUCCCCGCGCGUCAGAGUCCAUCACCAGCAGAGAGAAGAAGUUUGGACAAAUUAUGUAGGUGGCGGCUGGCGGGACAAGGAGUCGAAUUAGCUUAACUAAGUCAAAACUGCAAAGAGAGGAGCAAACACAGAGAACACUUGGUCAUUUAGUGGAUUUGAACACAUACGGAUGUGCUGGGUUGUUGAUUGGGACUCUCGAAAACAACAAACAGGGAAAUUAACAAGAACGGGCUUACAUACUCUCGCUAGUCCCAGAAGUGUGUGUGUGUCUUUAUGUGUGUCCACGAGCAGGAGUGUGUGUGUCUCUUUGUGUGAGUGUGUUUGUGUGUGUGCACACCUAUCUUGAGUGUAUAAGCGUGAGUGUGUGUUCAUGUGUGCGAGUAUGAGGGCAGUAGCGCUGCUGUGUGUCCUGGUUGCGGCCGGGGCUGGUCUGGGCGCAGCAUCCCGCUUCAGCCGGGACUCCCAGAGCCUGGGGGAGGAGGAGGCCCCCAACAGCACCCUCCCCAUCCCCCCCCGGCCCCCACGCCCCAUUCCCUUCCACCCCCCCAUGUGCGUCAAGCCCACAAAGAUCCAGCACGCCUUCAAGUAUGUGAACACGGUGGUGUCCUGCAUCAUCUUUGUGGUGGGAAUCAUCGGCAAUUCCACGCUCCUGAGGAUCAUCUACAAGAACAAAUGCAUGAGGAACAGUCCCAACGUUCUCAUAGGAAGCCUGGCUCUGGGGGAUCUGCUCUACAUCCUCAUCGCCAUCCCCAUCAACGUGUUCAAGCUCAUAGCCGAGGACUGGCCUUUCGGGGUACACAUGUGUAAGCUGAUGCCCUUCAUCCAGAAGGCAUCAGUGGGCAUCACUAUCCUCAGCCUGUGUGCCCUCAGUAUUGACCGAUACCAUGCGGUGACAUCUUGGAGCAGGGUGAAGGGGAUGGGGAUCCCCCUAUGGAAGGCAGUGGAGGUGACGUUGAUCUGGCUGGCUGCCGUAGCCCUGGCUGUUCCAGAGGCCCUGGCCUUUGAUAUGAUGGAGAUGCCCUACAGAGGCAGCAAGCUGAGGGUCUGUCUGCUCCACCCUCAACAGAGCACACCCUUUAUGAAGUUCUACCAGGAUAUGAAGGACUGGUGGCUGUUUGGAUUCUACUUCUGCCUGCCUCUGGCCUGCACUGGGGUCUUCUACACACUCAUGUCCUGCGAAAUGCUGAGCCGCAAGAAAGGCAUGCGUAUCGCUCUCAACGAUCACAUGAAACAGCGGAGGGAAGUUGCUAAGACGGUGUUUUGCCUUGUGGUGAUAUUCGCUCUGUGCUGGCUACCUCUACAUCUUAGUCGCAUCUUGAAAAAAACUAUCUACGACCAGAACGACCCCAACCGCUGUGAACUGCUCAGUUUCCUGUUGGUGAUGGAUUACAUUGGCAUCAACAUGGCGUCGCUUAACUCCUGCAUCAACCCCAUCGCUCUCUACUUUGUCAGCCAAAAGUUCAAGAACUGCUUUAAGUCCUGCCUCUGCUGCUGGUGUUACAGGCCUGGCCGGAAUGUGGCCCCUACAGAUGAGAGGGGGUCCGGGGUCCGCUGGAAGGGCUCCUGCCAUGGCAACGGACUAGACCGCAGCAGUUCCCGCUCCAGUCAGAAAUAUAGCUUGACCUAAAUACACACAGUCACACAGACAUAUACAUAUACACACACACACCAGACCCUACCACGAAUCUACUGUAUGUACCCCAACCACCUAGCCCCCAGUCCCUGUUAAGAGUUGCUAUGACACUGACUUCCCGUCCCACAAGAUCAGCACUACCGCUACCGUAAACAUGCCUUCAGACCACAGAAGAAGAUGAGCAGGAAGAAGAAUGGCCAGACAGGAGAUCAGCUGGAGGAGGAGAAGGAAUGAGGGGGAAGGCACAGACUCCACAUGAAGAAUCCCACCAGUAGCUGGACACUCGGAAUAAAACCUUGUAAAGCAGGACCAAAGCAAGUGGUAGCACUUUACCAUGCAACCAACAGUAGCCUCAGCUUGUAUGAUGAAGGGACUAAGUCCUGGCCAGGUGAUUAAGCCCUCAUUAUGGGACAGGUCUACAAGACUGAGAGCACUAAAGACUAAGACUAUGGAACACUGUUUUAAUUUAAAAAGUGUAUGGAUGAAACAUUGUAAAUAAGUUAAUACAUGUCUGGGUAUAUGAUGACUAGUUAGCAUUUACACUUAGCGGCAUAUAGUGUACAGUAUAGAGUACAGUGGGUUUAGCCUUACUGUCAAUACAAGAAAUGCAAUGCUGUGAAUACAGUGUACCAAAUAAAAGAAAGCACAUACACACAGUUGUAAAUCUGCCUUGUAAAUGUGACAAGGAUUAGAUCAAAGUUUGAACAGCUCUGGAUAUUGUUGAGAAUCGUGCGAAAGGCAGGAUAUACACAUACGGUGAGGUCAUUAGAUAACUCCUGGACGUUAUCCUAGCCAUUUUCUUUACAAAGAGGAUCUGCUGAAGGAGCUACACUGUAGGGAUCAACAUUGUCAACUGACUUAUGAGCUAUAGGAGCAUCAUGUUGGUAUUUAGCUCAGAACAACAACUUGAUAAACAUAACUUCCGAGAAAAAUAGUUGCAAUGUCUACCUUCCUCAUGCAUGUGACGUGUUGCUGGAGGGAAAGUUGUUUUUUCCAGUUCUAUAUAGUCAUGUGGCACAAUGACCAAUGUAUGUUAACAAAUACUAUGUGCUUCUUGCUCCUGUGCUUUGUGUGUGUUGGCCUUUUGAAAUACCACCAUGUACAAAGCUUUCUCCUAUAUUCAAAGUGAACACAUAUUUUUAUAAGAAAAUAUAGUAAAAAUUGUCUUUCAAAAUUAUCAUCCAUGUUUUUACUUUUCUGUGUUCAUGAGUAUCAUAUGUUAAAACAUUAUUUUCAAAUAAUUCAUUUACACCAAUGGUUUAGGUGUAAAGUAUAUCUCCAAGUAUGUUUUUACGAUUAACAAAGCUUUUAUACAAUGUACUUAGUUGUUGAACAGUAUGCACCAAUAAAUACUAUUUUAUAACAA